AUGCUGAAGAAGGCUCUCUCUGAGCACAUGCCUGACAAACACCCUCUUAGGAAGCCCCAAAUUGCGCAGCAAAUUCCCAUUCCUGUCACAACUCAACAGCCAGUGCUGGAAUCCGAAGAUCUUCAUCCUGCAGAACUGGCAUCUGUUGGAGUGCCAACUGAAUCCGGUGCACGAGGACCCAAACCUUGUUCUGUACAAGGAUUGGCAUCAGUAGAAGCUUGGGCAUUUGGAAUGGCAGCAACAGAAGCAUUUGCAUUUGGAUUGGCAGCAGUUAAAGCAUUUGCAUUUGGAAUGACAACAGUAGAAGCAUUUGCAUUUGGAAUGGCAACAGUAGAAGCACUUGCAUUUGGAAUGGCAGCAGCACGAGCAUUUGCAUCAGGAUUGAAAUCACCUAGGCUCUCCCGGGCGGCGGCGACAUCGACGGUGGUCACCCACCUGCCGGGAUUCGAUGGCCCUCUUCCCUUCUACCUGGAGACCGGGUACGUGGUGACAGAGGAGGAGACCGGGGCGGAGCUGUUCUACUACUUCGUGGAGUCGGAGCGGAGCCCGCGCACGGACCCCUUGCUCCUGUGGCUGUCGGGCGGGCCCCGGUGCAGCGCCUUCAGCGCACUUGCGUUUCAGAAUGGUCCUCUAAAGUUUGUUGUGGAACCAUAUGACGGCACAUUGCCGAGAUUGGUCUACAAUCCAUAUUCCUGGACACAGAUGGCAAGCAUUCUCUUCCUGGACUCGCCUGUUGGUUCUGGUUUCUCUUAUGCACGUGAUCCCAAAGCUUAUGAAGUUGGAGACAUCUCAUCUUCUAGGCAGGUCUUGACAUUUUUGAGAAAGUGGUUUGAUGAUCACCCAAAGCAUCUUUUGGAUCGUCCUUUCUACAUUGGUGGAGAUUCAUAUGCGGGAAAGGUGGUUCCUCUGAUUGCACACUACAUUUCAGAAGGAAUUGAAGACAUGCAACAACCACUUAUUAAACUGAAGGGUUAUAUUGUUGGUAAUCCUUUUACAGGCGACAAAAUUGAUACCAACUCCAGAGUUACGUUUUCUCAUUCAUUUGGAAUCAUCUCUGACCAACAAUAUGAGGCUUUCAUCAAAAACUGCAAAGGAGAUUUCCUAAACCCGACAAACGAACCUUGUGCUGAUGUGGUACAGACUAUUAGCAAGCUCAUGUCAGAAGUUAGAAAAGGGAACAUAUUGCGACCAAUAUGUCAUAUUCCUUCACAAAAACGAAGAGGUGCUCUGGAAGGUGUGUCAUCUCUAGCAGAGGAACGCUACCACUAUCAGCUUAGUGAAGCACCUGAUGAACCUCCCUUUUAUUGUUUCUAUGAAUACCGCUACUACCUGUCCUACUUUUGGGCCAAUGAUAAUGUUGUUAGGGCUGCUAUUGGAAUCAAGGAGGGAACAGUGGUGGAAUGGAUUAGGUGCAAAAGACCUCCAAUUCUUCCUUAUGUGUAUGAUCUUCCCAACAGCAUCAAAUACCAUUUCAACCUCAGCAUUAGAGGAUAUCGCGCUCUUGUAUACAGUGGAGACCAUGACCUCAUCAUACCGUUUAUGGGCACACAAGCAUGGACCAGAUCCUUCAAUUUCUCCAUAGUUGAUGAUUGGAGGGCCUGGCACCUUGAUAACCAGGCAGCAGGAUUCACAAUCAUGUAUGCUACCAACCUGACGUUUGCGACAAUAAAGGGUGGCGGCCAUAUUCCUCCUGAAACAAAUCCCGAAGAAUCAUUUACUAUGGCUAAAAGGUGGUUGGACAAUGAGUCCCUAUAG